AGCACGACCCUCAUUCCCAACACAACUGACUCGCUCUCCUCAGAGAAACAUCUCUCCGUCUGAAAGAAUGGCUCCGAGCUACAUGACUGACUACUCCAAACUCUCCACCAAACAGAAGCAUAAAUUGAGGAAACCAGUGGUGGAGAAGAUGCGCAGAGAUCGCAUCAACAGCUGCAUCGAGCAGCUCAAAUCCAUGCUGGAGAAGGAGUUCCACCAGCAGGAUCCAAACACCAAGCUGGAGAAAGCCGACAUCCUGGAGAUGACGGUGGUUUUUCUGAAACAGCAGCUGCAGCCCGAGACCUCGGCUCCACAGAAAGCCCACUUUGACGGCUAUUCCCAGUGCUGCAGGGAGACCGUGAGCUUCUUAUCUGGAAACUACGAGGUGGACGCUGUACGUCAGCAUCUGAACCACUGCCAGGAAGCCCAGAGAUCAUCUAAAGACCUCGCUCACGUGUCUCCAGCUUCCCAUCAGAUCAUCAAGGUGAAGCAGGAACCGAGCGCUCGCAGACCUCUCUGGAGACCCUGGUAGAUGAAGAAAGACUUUGACUGAAGAACUAGAUGGUGGUUUUACCAUCUCUUUUAUUGUAGGAGAUACACAUUUCCAUGUUGAUUUCAAAUGCUUCAUAUUGAAGUUUCAACUGUUUUAUUCUUAAUAAGAUUUGUAAGACGUUUGCCUUGAAUCUCUCUAAAUGCUAUUGUUUCUAAUCCUAAUGUUGUUUGGCUUGCAAACAGUGAGUUUGUCUGGUCCUGAUGGAUGUUCAUUUGAUACAGCCUUUUGUAAAGGCUACAGAAAAACAAUAUUUGUUCUUAUGAUGGCCUUUUGGUGCAUUGAAACACUGUGGACACUGUGUGUCUGGUACUGCU